AUGUCGCGGGCAGCAGAUGCGCAGUCGAAGAAGAAAGAUCAAAAGGCCGCCAUGGCCGCUACCCGCGACAGAAAAGCUGAGCUGCUUGCCAUGGGAUUGACCUCGACAAUGAAGAAGCAGAUCGGCGACGACGCCUUGUUGUGCGUCGGUUGUGGCGCAACCAAACACGGGCCUUUGCGAUGCGACUGCCGGGGCGGCAGCUCCAAGCCCACCGCGGAUUUCGAUGCGCUUCCCUACCUGAUUGCGGCCGCAAAGGCACGGCAUGAACAGCAAAAGGAGCAGGACAAGCACGACCACGCCCGGCACCAGGCAGAAAAGGAGAGGGAAAGGAAGGGGAGGAAGGAGAACAAGGGCGAAGUGGAUUUGGAUGCCGAGUACGACGAGGUGGACGGCGUCGAGAUUCGACAACUCUUGCAAUUCCCUGUGGGCAAGCUCGGGAUGGACAUCGAGCGCAACGUAGUGGUGAAAGUCUCACCCGAGGGGAACGCGCACGACCUCAAAGUUCGCGUUGGUUGGGUCAUUGCCGAGGUCGAUGGUGUCGCGGUCGUACCAGACAAGAAAAAAAUUAUUACCGCGCUCACGAAGGUUUUCAAAGCGAAUAAACCCUGUCCGAUCCGAUUCCGCUGUCCGCUCUCAGAAGAGGAGGAAGCUGCCGCCUACUGGUUUUGCUUCCGGUGCGACAAGUUCCUGGAACAGGUGGCAUUCGAUGCACAGUCGAUGGCUGACAAAACCGCGGGGCAGCGGGCUUGCGCCAGUUGCGAAGAAUGCGCUGACAUGUUUGACGAUGACGACGAAGACGAUUAUUAA